AUGUCCGAUAAACUGAAAAGAGCCAAAGUUCUUAGACAAACUGAAUUUAAUCGUCUAUCAGAUAUUCUUAAUAUAUCGAGAAGUGCUAAAGAAGACACUUCCCAACACAUAAUCUUUAAAUUGAGUUAUGAUAUUUUGGAAUCAAUUAGAACUGAGUUUUUUAAGCAGCAUAACGUUGUCAUUAGUUGCAUUCUAGAUGAUGAGGAUCAAUUCACCGAACAAGACGCGGUACGAAGCUCAUUUGAAAAAGAUUUUUGGUAUAUUAAAUCGAUUUAUUUUAAGCUGUUUGGAGAAUCAUUGACUACAAAUAUUUCGUCUUCAUCGUCUAGUAAUCAGUCCCAUGUAACACUGCCAAAAUUAGAGAUUCCAUCCUUUUCUGGAAAUAUUACACAGUUUGCCACGUUUAAAGAUAUGUUUAAUGCUUUGAUUCAUAAUAACAGUACUUUGCGUAACAUAGAAAAAUUUAAUUAUCUUUUGAAUUUCUUACGUGGUCAGCCUCUGACCUUGAUUCAGAAGUUACCGAUGACAGAUGUCAAUUACACAACCGCUUAUGAAAUGCUAGUUAAGCGAUAUGAAAACCCUCGUUUAGUUGCAGCCACACACUGGGCAGCUAUCGAAAAUACCACCAAACUCACAACUGAGAAUCCUGCCGAGUUAAGACAACUUUUGGAUACAUUUUCUGAUAAUCUUGCUGCAUUAGGAAAUCUUAACUUUCCUGUAGCUUUAUGGGAUUUCAUUUUGGUUCAGAUGUUGCUUAAACGCUUACAUGUUUCUAUUGCUACUGAAUUCGAAUUGCAAUAUGAUUCACAUACUACUCCAUCAUUUCAACAGCUUACAACCUAUCUACAUAAGCGUUGUGCCGCUCUCGACAAUGUUUGCUCAGCCCUUCAUGAAAAAGAUAAAAAAUCACUUAAGAGAGAGGAUCGCUUCUCAAAUUCCAAGGUUGCUCUUCUAGGCACUGAGCAAUCUAAAUCUAGCAGUUGUGCUAUUUGUAAAACAGCGCAUUCUGUUUAUCGUUGUCCUAUCUUUUUAACAAAAACUCCUAAUAAUAGAUACCAACUUGUAAAAUCGCUGAAAAUGUGUUUAAAUUGCCUAAGUAGUAUUCAUUCUGUCAAAGAAUGUAAAUCGCCGCAUGUUUGUCAUAAAUGUAGACAAAAACAUCAUACUUUACUUCAUUUUGAGAGAAAUUAUUUUUCUGGUAGUAGCAGCAGUACUACACCACCCGCACUCUCAUCAACCAGCUCCAUCCACAAUGAUCAACCAUCUAGCUCUCAGGCGGACUCCAGGUCUACCAAUUCUUCGCAUCUGGUAGCGAGUAGCCUUAACAAUUAUAAUUCUAGUAAUGUGCUGCUUUCUACGGCUCUUAUAGAUAUGUUAGAUGGGUCAGGAACAUUUCAGAAAAUUAGAAUUAGAAUAUUGCUUGAUUCUGGCUCGCAACUUCACUUUAUCUCACAAAAUUGUGUUAAACGUCUUGGACUUACUUCCUAUAAGACGCCUUGCUCCGUUCAAGGUAUUGGAGAAGCUCAUGUACAAAACUGUGCAAGAAGUGUAUUUACCAAGAUUCGACCUUGUAAUAAAUUCACUCCCAAUUUUGAUUUGGAAGCUGCAGUUCUUCCAAAAAUUUGCGGGCUAUUACCUAGUCAUCCUAUUUCUACCACAAACUGGCCUCAUUUACGCAGCGCGUCCUUGGCUGACCCUUUCUAUGAUACUCCUAGAUCUAUUGAUCUAUUAAUAGGUGCUCCAUUGUUUCCCUAUAUUUUACUGGAGGGUAGACUUACCGGUGACUAUAAUGAGCCAGUGGGAUUUAACACUGUUUUUGGUUUUAUAUUGAUGGGUAAAACGGUUUCCAACUCUUCACCUAUCGCUGCACAAUCGCUUCUCUGUUAUCAGGCAUCAGUUAAUGAUACUUUGCAGAAGUUUUGGGAAGUUGAAGAAGUACCACAUGUCAAAGUUUUAUCCCCCGAGGACGAAAAAUGCGAAAAUAUUUUCCGUAAAACUACGUAUCGCAAUCGGGAUGGCCGAUUUGUGGUUUCCUUGCCCUUUCGAGGUGAUGAGCCUAUUUUUUAUGGAAGUAGAGAAUUAGCUCUUUGCAAUUUCUUAUCGUUAGAACGCAGGUUACAGCAAAAUCCGAAGCUUUCUGCAGAUUAUGCUGCUUUUAUAAAGGAAUAUUUAGAUCAGAACCAUAUGGAAAUAGUAUCUUCAGAUUUAAUCCCAAAAAAAUCGUUCUAUAUUCCACAUCACUGUGUUUUAAAGGAUUCAAGUCCCACUACUAAGCUUCGUGUCGUAUUCAAUGCCUCUGCCAAACCAUUAGAUGGUAUGUCACUUAAUGAUCAUCUUCUGUCUGGCCCCAAAUUGUAA